AUGGAAGCUGACGCGCGACCGCCAGCCAGAGCCUCACCCUUCUCAGAACCCGCCGAUGAGAGCUCUAUUCGGCUUCUCCGGUUCUCGCAGCCCGAAGAUGGCGUCUUCGUUGGCAAGCUGCAGAAGUUCCCCAUCGCCAGCGCGCCUCAUUACUACACAGCCAGCUAUGUGUGGGGCGAGCGCAAGUACAAAGGUGCAAAGAUCCAUCUGAAAACCGGGGGACUGCCCAUAUUAAACAGCCUGGUACCAUUUAUUCACAUGGUCACCCGCCAUGGCGACUUCAAGGCCACAGACUGGUGGUGGAUUGAUUCGCUGUGUAUCAACUUGGAUGAUGCCAGCGAACGCGAGAAACAGGUGCGCAUCAUGGCAGACAUCUACAAAAGAGCCAGGCGAGCAAUAAUCUGGCUGGGUGAGGAGAAAGAAGAUGGUAGCGACUGCACUGAUGCCAUCGACUUCAUGCACUACCUGUCCACCUUGCAGAUCGGGUUCAACGGAGACGAUCUUGCCAUGCGCAAGAAGCUCGAGAACUCUGAGUUCACCAACAAGUGCGUCGCCGUCAGUAAUUUGCUCGCCAGGCCAUGGUGGACAAGGGUCUGGACGUUACAAGAGUUUGUCUUGCCAAAAGAGGCGAAACUCUACUGUGGCGUGGGUAGUAUCAGCCGCGGAAGGUUCAAAAGUGCAAUCUAUAGCAUCUUCCUUUGCAGCACCAUCAGCAAAGAGUUUGAACACGAGCUUGUUCCGCGGAAGCUCUUUGAUGGAGCCUUCAAUCGCCGCCGCAUUCAUCAAUGGCACACCAAGCCGGCCUCAAUCGGUAUCAAUCUGAUCGCCAUUAUGGCGUACCUGGGUAAUCACUCCGCUACCGACAGUAGAGAUCGCAUUUACUCCGUGCUAGGUUUGAUCACUGAACAAGAUCGAGCGCUCAUCGGACCUGCCGAAUAUACUACCAGCAUUGCGCACCAAUUCGCGCGGCUUGUGCGCUCUUUCUGGAACGUUCAUCAGUCCCUGGAUAUUGUCUGCUUUGCGCAUCUAUUCUGUGCCAAUGCUGCAGUCAGCGACCCCGGCGUCCAAAAUCAUGUGCCUACCUGGGCUCCAGACUGGAGGACGACAAUCGACUUCGCUUCGCCUGUGCCGCUGAUGGCAAGCCAAAGUGCGUGUGAGCUUAUUGGAAACUUCAGACCACUCAGAUCAACACGCUGGAAAGCAAUGUACGAUGCUCCGGGAGAGAAACUGAGGAAAGAGGCAGAUGUUUCCUUUGCCGAAGACUUGAAGGAGCUCCACUGCAACGGUGUCGUGCUGGAUACUGUUCACGGGCUCGGUGGGCUUGACGAGCGGGAAUUGCGAUGCGAGAGCUUUGUCUGCCGCGAAACCAGUCAUGACUUGAUGCAAUUGCGACAAGACCAGCAUAGCGUCUCGCGAGUCGCAAAGCAGCCUACCGAGUGGCUUGAAGCCAUAGCGCGGUCCUUGGUCAUCGAUCGUCGAGACAAAUACCUUUGCUUCCAGGCGCCAGAUCACUACAUCAGCGACUUCCUCUUCCUCUGCCAUGCCUGUGUUGACGGCGAUCCCGUCGACUGGAGCUUUGCAACAUGGUUUGAGCGCAACCGUCAUGUGAUGUUCGGCAACUCGUCGCUCGAAGACAUAGUCCGACAGAUACCCACAAAGUUCACUUCACCCCCUCCAACACUGCAUCGGCCACCGUCGCAUCCCGUACAUCAGAUGAACGACAAGCUCGAUACCUUUCUCUCACGCUUCCACGAUACUGUGCGAAAGAAAGCGCGUCGGCUGAUGGUCACCGAACAAGGCUACGUUGGCAUGGCGCCGUGUCGCGCAAGACCCGGCGAUGUCGUGGCUGUCAUGUUCGGCUGCAGCAUCCCGCUCGUCUUGCGAAAAGCUGCGUCGCAAGCUGUGUGGCAGGUUGUCGGCGAGGGCUUUGUACAUGGCAAAAUGAAUGGCGAGAUUGCAGACGAGCUGAAGAGCGGGACGCUCAACGUACGUCGGUUGAGGCUAGUUUGA